AUGUACAUUUGUCUUCUGACCACCGCCAUUAACCCGCUGUUUGAACGGGCGUUGCCAGAGUACUGCGUCGUGAGGGGUGGGUUUCCGGCGUGGAUGUCGAGGAGGGACCGAAGGCUGAUGGAGUCGUUGGCGAGCAAUACGAAGUGGGACCUGCUUGUGGCGAAGUACAAGAGUGGGAAUUUCACGACGAUCGGAGAGGCGGUGGCAGCGGCCCCCAACUCGAGCGAGACGAGGUUCGUGAUAUACAUAAAGAGCGAAGCGUAUUACGAAAAUGUGGAGGUGGGGAGAAAGAAGACCAUGCUCAUGUUUGUCGGAGACGGCAUUGGGAAAACCUUGGUGAAGCGCAACCGGAGUGCCGUCGACGGCUGGACCACAUUCCAGUCCGCCACCGUUGGGAAUUGA